AUGACAAAGUCAAAGUCGCCCAAGCGGUCGUCACCGCCCUCGAGCAACAGCAACAGCAACAGCAACGGCCAGCAUACAGCCACGCCUACAAGUCCAGGGGGGGCUGGAAUAUCCUCAGAUACUGCUACCGCUACUGCGACAACCGCGGAAAAAGGGGUGUCAAACGGUCACGGACAUCACCAUCACCAUAGUGCUGGAUCCGGACCAGCCCUGGCAUCGAAAGAGGCGGUCGUAUUGUUGGCAGAUCAGUCUGCGCAGACUAAGUGGGCUAACUGGUCGGUCCGCACGCUUUGGACGUUGAUCAUGAUCGGGGGUUUUUUUGCCUGUGUCGCUGCCGGUCCAUUAUUUGUAAUUCUGCUGGUGGUCAUGGUUCAGGCACUCGUCUACAAGGAGGUCAUUUAUCUCGCCGCUGUCCCAAGCCGAGAGAAGAAGCUGCCAUGGUACUUUCUGUUCAGCACCAACUACUUCUUUUAUGGCGAGAGUUUGAUUCACUACUUCCAGCAUGUGGUGUUUGUCGACGCGUUCCUGUUGCCGUUUGCGACACACCAUCGCUUCAUCUCGUUCACCCUCUACGUCAUCGGCUUCGUAUUCUUUGUUGCCAACUUGAAGAAGGGUCACUACCGCUUCCAGUUCUCGCAGUUCGCAUGGACCCACAUGACGCUGUUGUUGGUCGUCUGCCAGAGUCACUUCAUUAUCAACAACAUCUUUGAGGGACUGAUUUGGUUCUUUUUGCCCGUGUCCCUGGUCAUCACGAACGACAUCUUUGCAUACAUCUUUGGAUUCUUCUGGGGCAAGACGCCCCUGAUCAAGCUGUCGCCCAAGAAGACUGUCGAGGGAUUCGUUGGCGGAUGGGUCAUGACCAUUGUCUUUGGUAUCAUGUUCGCGACGUUGUUCCUGAGAUAUCCGUACAUGAUCUGCCCUGUCAAGGACUUGCGUGCGACUGCGUUCAGUGGCUUGACAUGUGAACCCAACCCAGUUUUUGUCCCCGUCAAGUACUACCUCAAGCCCUGGAUGGUAGCGCUUGUUCGCCAUGUGGGGAUGCGCAACCACUAUGUGAUGAUUGCACCCCUGCAGCUCCACACCAUUGUCAUGGCUUGCUUUGCGUCGUUGAUCGCACCCUUUGGGGGAUUCUUCGCGUCCGGGUUCAAGCGUGCGUUUAAGAUCAAGGACUUCGGACAGUCGAUCCCUGGUCAUGGAGGCAUCACGGACAGGAUGGACUGUCAGUUCUUGAUGGGCUUGUUCUCGUACAUGUACUACCAGAGCUUUAUCAAGACUUCGGCUGUCACUGUCGGCUUUGUUCUUCAGAAUGCGAUCAAGCUGAAGGGACAGGAACAGAUGGAGCUAUUUGAUCACUUGAGACAGUAUCUUAUCGGACAAGGAUUGUUGGAUGAGGACAGCUGUGUCAUUAUGCCACCAAAGGAGGCAUGGGUCACAGUCUCAUAA